AUGCAGUUUACCACCGCCAUCCUCGCCUUUGCCGCCGCCUCCGUGGCCAACGCCGAGGUCCUCUUCAAGGCCUCUGCGUUCAACGCUGCCUGUGUCCCCCACGGCUCCGAGUGCAUCUAUGCGUUUGACGUCAUCUCCACCGACAACGCCUCGGCAGCCCCGGUCAGCUGCCGUGCCCAGGUCCAGACCACUGACGGCACCCUGCCGGAGGUUAAGGCCGGCGAGGGCAAGUGUGGGGAGUCCGACCUGACCUUCUUUGUUGCUAAGAACGGCGACGGCCUCCGCGUCAGUGUCUCCAAGCCCGUCUCCACUACCGUCCAGCGCGUCGGCUCCCACAUCAUUACCGGCGGCGAGAUCGAGCUGGAGCAGGCCGGCGCCUCCGGCGGGCAGAAGUACACUGGCCCCGCCGCAUUCGACCUGGAGCGAUAA